UAUUUUAAAUGCAUAUAAUUAAUUGAUAUAAUGAUAGCAUGGUUAUUUUCAAAAGGAUAGAUGACAGAUAAUAAAUUUAUGUUAUAUAUCAACACUAAAACUAUGGGUUUACUGAAAAAUAAACCACUUUGAUUUUGAUUAAUGAGAAUAAAAAUUACAUUAUGGAAGUAACUAAUUAGUAGUUUAGGGAUCACGUUAUGGACACUACAAUUUUAUAGUUUCUAUUUAAACAGCCUUACACUAUUAAAUGAAGUAUUUUAUAUGCAGGAACUAUAGAAACCUAAUUAAGUGUUAAUCAUCAAUUAUAUUA